AUGGGAGGAGGUGGGGGUGGGGGUGGGGGUGAGGGUGGAGGCGAAGGUGGAGGAGCUGGAAAUGGAGGGCAAGGUCACGGUAGUGGUUUUGGUGCAGGUGGAGGAAUGGGUGGCGAAGGAGAAGGAGGAGGUGGUGGUGGUGGUGGAGGUGAAGGCGGAGGAGCUAGUGUUGGAGGGCAAGGUCAUGGUAGUGGUUUUGGUGCAGGUGUAGGUUUAGGGGUAGUUGGCAUGGGAGGGGGAGGAGGUGGAGGUGGAGGCGGAGGUGGCGGUGGUGGAGGUGGGGAGGGAGAAAGAGGAGGCAAUGGAGGACAAGGUUAUGGUAGUGGUUUUGGUGCCGGUAUAGGUGGUGUGGGGGCAGGAGGAGGAUCAGGAGGAGGGGGUGGAGGUGGAGAAGGUGGAAGUCAAGAUCAAGGUCAUGGGAGUGGGAGUGGGAGCGGUUUUGGUGGAGGUACAGGUAAUGGUGGAAUGGGAGGAGGAGGAGGUGGUGGUGGAGGAGGAGGAGGAGGUAGUGGAAGUGGAGGGUAUGGUCAUGGUAGUGGGUUCGGUGCUGGCAUGGGCAUUGGUGGAAUGGGAGGAGGAGGCGGGGGUGGUGGUGGUGAAGGAGGAGGAGGAGGCCAUGGGAAUGGUAAAGGAAGUGGUUUUGGAGUCGUUGGGGGUAAUAAUGGCAUGGGGGUUGGAUUUGGCAUGGGAAUGGGUAUGGGAUUUGGUAUUGGAAGUAGGGGAGUAGAUAUCACCGGUCAACCAAAUGCAAAUAAUCCUUAG